AUGCACUCAGAAAUUGAGUUUUACAAAACUGCCCUCUUUACAGUUUGGCUAACAACAUUCGUCACCCCAGAUAGCAUUCUCGUUGUCACCAUUAAUGGUGUUGGUCUUGCAAUGGAGGUCGUUAUACAUUACUAUUUUCUUUAUUUUUCCAAGAAGAAAGGUUGCUUUAAGGUGACAAUUUGGAUAAUAGUAGAGCUUUUGUUUCUAGGCGUGGUGGCUACGUGCACAUUGUUACUUAAUCACACCCAUGAGAAGAGAUCUCGAAUUGUUGGUAUUCUUUGUGUUAUAUUUGGAGUUCUCAUGCAUACUUCGCCUCUUACUAUCAUGAAAAAAGAUAUCACCAAAAAGAGUGUGAAAUACAUGCCAUUCUAUCUCUCAUUGGCCAAUUUUCUGAAUAGAGUGAUUUGGGUGACUUUUGCUUUGAUUCGUUUCGACCUUUAUAUAAUUGGGAACGGGCUGGGAGCACUCUCUGGUGCAACAUAACACAACUAAAUUUGGUACACAUGUUAUUACAAGUCUACCCCUAAAGAUGAUGAAGGUGAAGAUAAGAAGCCACCCACUGAAAUUCAGCUCCCUGCUUCCACCACCUUAGUGGAUGAUGAAGGUCUGGCAUCAGUGGCAUGUAUCUCAUUGUCCGAAGAGAGAAACCCCCAUGGGCAGACGACCUCCAUGGAGGAGGAAGUUCCAAAAGUUAAGCCAGUUUACUUUUUGAAUGAGUGUUUGGUGCCAAGUAGCAGAUGCAUUCCCUCCUUUUCUGCCGAAAUUGAAGCUGCUGGUUGUUAA